UGGCAGCGGAGUGCUGCAGGAACCGGAAAUAGACCUAUUUCACCGAGGAAGAAGAAGAACAACAACAACAACAAUGGCGGAGCGCAGAGAGGCGAGCCGGUAGAGGAGAGAGAGGAGAGAGAGGUCAGACAGGUAAGACAGGUACCAACACACCUGACAGUCCUGGAUGCAGGGCAGCAGGCCAGUGGUGGAGGUGGUCCGUCUGGGCCUGGUCUCCUACCAGGAGGCUCUGCGGCUGCAGCAGGUCUACGUGAACCGGCACCGGUCCGGUCCGGCUCACGCUCUGCUGCUGUGUGAGCACCCGCCGGUCUACACCACGGGGAUCCGCCACAAACCUUACCCGGCCGCCCUGCUGGACCGCCUCCGCAUGCUGGGUGCCGAUGUCCACCGCGCAAACCGAGGAGGACUCAUCACCUUCCACGGGCCGGGCCAGCUGGUCUGCUACCCGGUCCUCCACCUGAGCAGCUUCAGGAAGAGCGUUCGCUGGUACGUCUGUGAGCUGGAGAAGACCAUCAUCUCCGUCUGCAGCAGAUUCCGCAUCCAGGCCUCCACGUCUCCUCAUACCGGAGUCUGGGUCGGAGACAACAAGAUUUGUGCCAUCGGAAUCCACUGCGGUCACUACGUCACUUCUCACGGCUUGGCUCUGAACUGUAACACCGACAUGUCGUGGUUCGGCCACAUCGUGCCGUGCGGCAUCGAAGGUAAAGGCGUGACGUCGCUGAGCGCCGAGCUGCAGAGAGACGUCGGCGUGGAGGAAACCAUCCCUCACCUGCUGGACGCCUUCAGGGAUCAGUUCGACUGUCGGCUGACGGACGCACAAAUACCUGAAACUGAGCCGGACAGCGGAGCGUCGUCAGCGUAGAGACAGACUUUAUCCAUUAAAACACAGCAGACGUUCUGUUGGAACUGUGUUCAUCUAAAUCUGUCUGAUUAACGUGUUGUAUCCUGUGAGCUGAAAAAGACCUUUAAAGUUUACCUCUAAAAGCAGCUCUGAAUGUGUAGCUAGAAAUAUCCUUAACUUUUCAUUUAAGGUUCAGAUUCCGUGUUGCUUUGUUACUUGGUAAAUAUGACGGGGAUAUGAGAAAUACCUCAAUAUAUUACAAUCAAUAUAUAAUUCUCUUAUUUAUUUACUCUUUGUUUAAUUUGACCUUUUAUUUAUUUAUGUAUAGCUAGUUAGCAUAUAGUCAUGACCUCUGACCCCACGAUGACAAAUGAUCAGUGACAGCCCUCUCAUUUGCAUAAUGAGGCAGAAAUGUAUAAAGAAAU